CGCCGCGCUGCCCGCCGCUAUUUAAGGGGCCCAGGCUGAGUCUCCCCUGACUUCCCUGCUUGGGCACACGCAGGACUCACUGCUCCCAGCUCGAGUCGGACCUUGGRAAAGCGCGGCGGAAAGCGAUGUACAGCGGGAUAUGCAUCUGCGUGCUCCUUGCCGUGCUCUCGGCGAGCUCCUUGGGACAGCAGGCCAUGGGAUCGCACAAUGGGAAUCCUCUGCCUGCUGAGCUGGAGCAGAGCCUGACAGAACAUCACCGGCACRUCCGCGCCCCGUCCUCUGCCGGGUCCCUGAAACCCCUGCCACGGCUGGAUGGCAGCAGUGACCAAAGAGCCAACAUCGGUGCUUUGCUGGCCAAGUACCUCCAGCAAGCCAGAAAAGGUUCCACUGGAAGAUUCUCAGUCAUGGGAAACAGGGUACAGAGCAUUGACCCUACUCACAGGAUAAAUGACAGAGACUACAUGGGCUGGAUGGAUUUUGGACGCCGCAGUGCUGAAGAAUAYGAGUAUUCUUCCUGAAGAACACCAAACUAUAGCAACAAGAAAAGCAAAAAUCACACUCCCAUGUCUGCACAAAAAGAGAUAAAUCAAUUUGUUGUCCUCUACAAAUCAGUGUUUUGAAGCAUUUAAAAUCAUGUAUUUGACCUGAGUUUGUCUGUAAGACUUUACAACGCAAUAUAUACAUAUGCAGAAUUUUCCAGAAAAUGUUUUCUUUCUUUUGUGGUUUCUCAUACAUGGAUACCAUAUUAAAAUGAUUUCACUUAUCCCUCCUUGUCCCGUCACUGCAUGUUGCUGGGUGUCUUACUGUAAAGAGAGGCAGGAYAAUGCCUUCAUUCAGCAAUGUAAAUAUAUUCCACUUAUUGAGUAUUCGGCUAGAUUAUCCACUUUUCAGAGAAAUCUUGUGUCAGUUCCAUUGCCCAAAUAUAAACACAGCAGCACAACACUGCCAGAAAAGACCAGUUAUCCUCAUGGAGGCCCGAUUUGCAAAGGACUGAGUUGUACACUGAGCCCACAUGUUUGCAGCAAAUAGCCAACAGCACUAAAAUAAUGAAAAAGGAAUGACACCAACAAUGAAAAAGGAAAUGACACCAACAUGUUUCAUCUUCCUGGCUUAUUUAUGUUGUGAACUCAAUGUGAAAGUUCUGCUGGUGGCUGCGAAUCAUAGAAUAAACAGAGCAUU